AUGGCUUCAGCGGCGGCUGACUACUCCGACGAGCCCCUAACCCCAGCAGGCCGCCUCUUUGUUCAACCCCAAAUGAACCAAAUAAUUCAUUGCGCCGUCGGCUUCAAGAACCCAAUAAACAUAGACUCAAUCAAGGCCCAUCUCAAAAGUUCUCUCCUUCUCUCCCACCCCAGAUUCUCAAGCCUCAUGGUCCGCGACUCACAGGGCCUCCAGCACUGGCGCAAAAUCCCCCACGUCGACCUCGACCUCGACCGCCAUGUCAUCGUCGUCCUCAACCCCAUCACCACCGCAUCCCAUUUUGACCAUGACACCGCGGUCAACGACUACUUGGCCGACCUCUCCACCAGCUCUGAGCUAAGCGCCGAGAAACCCAUGUGGGAAGUUCACCUUCUAAUGGCUCACAACUGCGCCAUCUUCCGAAUCCACCACGCUUUGGGAGAUGGUGUUUCGCUCAUGUCUCUGUUCUUGGCGAGUUGCAGGGAGCUGAAGAUGAGGAAAAGAUGCCAACUUUGGCUUCUGGGAAGAGAAACAGAAAAAACAGAGAUCAGUGGUGGUGAUGGGGUUGAGCUCUGGCCUAGAAAGUUGGCCACUGCUCGGUUUAGGCUUCAGGACAUGAAGCUCGUCAAAAAGGCUGUUCCAAACGCUACCAUCAAUGAUGUUCUUUUUGGGGUGAUUUCAUCAGGGCUAUCAAGAUACCUAGAUCACAGAACGACAAAUGCUUUGCCCGAGGGACUUCAAAUUACAGGGAUAGCCAUGGUGAAUUUAAGAGAGCAACCUGGUUUGCAGGAACUAUCCGAUUUGAUGAAAAGCAGUUCAGGGUCAAGUUGGGGUAACAAAUUCGGCAUGCUUCUCCUACCUAUAUAUUAUCAUAAAAGCAGUGGAACUGAUCCUCUAGUGUAUCUGAAGAUAGCUAAAGUGAUGAUUGACCGGAAGAAACGAUCUCUGGAGGCUCAUUUCUCGUACAAAAUUGGGUAUUUUGUAAUGACCUACUUGGGAGCAAAGCUUGCUGCCUGGCUGAAUUACAGGAUUGUUUGCAAUACUAGCUUUACCAUCUCUAACAUACUUGGCCCGCAAGAAGAAAUCGUACUUGGAGGCAACCCUAUAACUUACCUAAGAGUGAAUUCAUCCAGCCUGCCCCAUGCACUUACAAUGCACAUGAUAAGCUAUGCUGAAAGAGCAGACAUGCAAAUUUUGGUGGCCAAAGAUAUCAUCCCUGACCCGGCAUUUCUUGCAAAGUGCUUUGAGGAGGCCUUGCUUGAUAUGAAGGAAGCAGCUGCAGCUAUCAAUCGAACCUAG